AUGAUUUAUGCAUGUGCUGAUUUAUCAUAUGCUUCAUUCUUUAAAUCAGUGAUGACCAACCCGUGUGCAGUAAUAAAAUUUGGGAUAUCCAACAAACCGUUUGUUGUGUGCUUAUCAGUCAUGGCUCAUCACCAAGUGUGCCUUGACACAAAAAAGAACAAUUUUAAUCUUCAUCAUCAGCAUCGCCGUCAGUGCUCAUAA